CCCACUUUGAUCGGUGUCAGAAGAAAAAUAAUAGUUGACCAUGAAGAUCCAAGGAGCUCUCUUGUUACUUUGUUCGUUUGCCCGUGGCGUGGGUGCCCAGCAGGAAGAAGGCACGAAAUCCUUCAAGGUUCCUCUGCACAAGCGUCCCGAUUCGGAACUGAUUGCGGCUCAUUUGAAGCGUGAACGAGAUGCGCUCUUGUUGUUGAACCGCCUAGGCGAAAAUUCUGCUGAAGAAGAAGACCGUCAAUUGCGUGGAAUUUCCUUGAAGCAGCAGCAUUCCCUCCAAAAGGGAGAAUCGGAAUCCAUCAAGGAUUAUGCCAAUGCCCAAUAUUACGGUAGCAUCACUUUGGGAACUCCUCCUCAAUCCUUUGAAGUCAUUUUUGAUACUGGCAGUAGCAAUCUAUGGGUCCCCAAGGUGGGAUGCACGCAUUGUGGAAAUCCAAUUUUUGGACGCAAACACAAAUACGAUCAUGCCGCUUCGAGUUCCUACAAGGAAGACAAUGGAGACUUUGAAAUCAUGUACGGAAGUGGAUCCGUCCGUGGAUUCUUUUCACUCGAUAGUGUCACGCUAGCGGAUGAUAUUACUAUUUCGGGACAACGUUUUGCCGAAGUUCAGGAUGCCGGUGGAUUGGGUUUUGCCUAUGCCUUGGGCAAAUUUGAUGGUAUCCUCGGACUGGGAUUCACUUCCAUUAGUAUCGACAAGACUCCCACGGUAUUUGAAAAUGCCAUUAACCAGAAUCUACUCGAUCAGCCCAUCUUCUCCUUUUACUUGGGAGACAAUGGUCCCGGCGAAUUGACAUUUGGAGCCUACGAUCCCGACAAAUUCACUGGUGAUUUGACCUACGUCAAACUUCAAAGUGCCACCUACUGGCAGAUUGCCUUGGAUCAAGCUACUGCAGGAUCCAGUUACUCGUCGGCCACCAACAUGACGGCCAUUGUCGAUUCGGGAACUUCCUUGAUUGCCGGUCCCAAAGCAGAAAUUACCAAAUUGGCCGCCGCCGUGGGAGCCAAACCCAAUAUCAUGGGAGAAUACACCAUUGACUGCAAGACGUUGGAUCAGGUGCCCGAUAUUACCUUCAAGAUUGCUGGUAAGGACUACAGCAUCAAGGGCAAGGAUGCCGUCAUUCAAGCCCAAGGAACUUGUCUCUUUGCGUUCAUGGGAAUCGACUUUCCUCCUCCUGGACCCCAAUGGAUUUUGGGCGAUGUGUUCAUGAGGCAAUACUACACCGUCUUUAACUACGUCGACCAGACUAUUGGAUUUGCGGAUGUCAAGAAAUAGAAACACACAAUCGCAACCAAACCAAUCUAUCAGCACGGAUGCAAAAGAGAGAGCGAAUGGAUGGAAAUAAAUGCACGAAAUGACGAUGAGAUUGCAAUUCACUGGAUGAAAGAAUCGUAGGAACUUCACGAGGGAGUGGGCUUUUGUUGUUUGGUUGAACACUGAAAUCCACUUUUGCACAAUCUACAUACAAAAACCAGGAGGAGAUUGCUAGGCUAGCUAGCUAGGUGGGUGUAGCCAGAUCCUCUUGACUUAAUGAUUAAAAAACCUUACUACGAAUUGGAACUUCAACUUACCUUCUCCGAUCGAGUUGACAACACUGGUAUUUUGUUCGGCUGGUUAGCAGAUCUCCAUGUCUACUAGCAAGUUCGAGACCCCUUGAAAUAAACACGGAAGAGUUCCGAGUGGCAAAGCAACCAGCACGACCGAUGACGGAAGUCAUGUUAUUACUUCUCGCUAGUGGUAUUUUAAUACCUGGCUGAACCAAACGGAGCUGGCAAAACACGAGUAAGGCCCGGCUACUUGAGCUAGCGAAUGAUAUCACGUCUGUCUCCGGCAGCACCUAAUUAUCAGUAGUUGCAGCCAACCUCUUUUGGCAGCUAGAUCCUACCGGUAGUCCUUUUAAUGCACAGCUACGGUAGCGGUAGUGACAAGCUGGUAGCCUGCAGAAAAGUUCGACGUUGCUCCUUCCUGAGGGUCCCUGUUACAUCCACAAUGAUUCCACUCUUGACGAUCUUCUCCUCUUCUUGUGAUGAACUGAUGUUUUCCUUGGCAUCAUGAUCCCCAUCAUCCACAAUCACGAUGCCCGCUGGAGCUUCUGGAGGUAGACGAACAAUCAACUUGGCGCCAUUGUGAGCAAUGUCCACUCGUCCUAGUUCCUUAUCCACCAAUACGGCUGUUCCCCUAACAGUUAUGACAGUAUUCCGCCUCUUCAAGAAGUCAGCACUGUGCAAGACGGCUUCUCGCGGCGUGUAGAUGAUAGCGCUAUUAGGAUUAGUAGAAGUGCUGUCUGCCAUGGUCGAUGAAUGCGUGCUUUGCUUUUGCAAGUUGUG